GCUUUGGAGCACAACACCCGCAAGAAGAAAGGCCGGUUAUUUGUUUAUAUAUAUUUUUUUAAGCUGCAGAAAACGAGAGAGGAGACCCUACUGCAUACUUUAAAUUCAUGCAAAAAAAAGAAGAAAAAGGGCAAAACGUCGAUCCAAGUUGCACCUGAGCUGUGCAACUUUGACUUUUUGUUUUCUUCUUGCAGCUGAAGAUUUCCUCGCUGUCAAAUUCAUCCCCAAAAUUUCAGAAACUGGGCUCCUUUCCAGUUCAUUCAAGGUAAAGAAGGAUUUGUGCUUAUUGUCCCCCUCCAAUUCCUCCUGGUGGAGUUUGAGAAGCCCACCACCUUUCCUUAUCACCAUCAUCUCCAAGGAUGAGGUGUCUGAGAGGCGUGUCCGUGCUCCUGCUGGCCCAAGCCUCCAUGUCCAUGGUGAUGCUUCCAAACUCCACAGGAUGGGAGCGGAUGCUGGACAAGUAUCUGGAUGAGGACGGAGACUGGUGGCAAGCCAAGCAGAGGGGGAAGAGGGCCAUCACCAGCAGUGACUCUCAGCUCAUCUUGGACCUGCACAACAAGCUCCGAGGCCAGGUCUACCCCCCUGCCUCCAACAUGGAGUACAUGGUGUGGGACACAGAGCUGGAACGUACUGCUGAGGAGUGGGCAGAGACCUGCCUGUGGGAGCAUGGUCCUGCGGGCUUACUCCCACAGAUUGGGCAGAACCUGGGUGUGCAUUGGGGAAGGUAUCGGCCCCCUACGUCCCAUGUGCAGGCCUGGUACGAUGAAGUGAAAGAUUACUCCUUCCCUUAUCCUCAAGAGUGCAAUCCCUACUGCCCGUUCAAAUGCUCCGGACCUGUUUGCACACAUUACACACAGCUGGUAUGGGCCACUAGCAGCCGAAUUGGCUGUGCCAUCAACCUCUGCUACAACAUGAAUGUGUGGGGACAAGUUUGGGAGAAAGCUGUAUAUCUGGUCUGCAACUAUUCACCAAAAGGAAAUUGGUGGGGACAUUCCCCCUACAAACAUGGGACUCCAUGCUCUUCUUGUCCUCCAAGCUACGGAGGAGGAUGCAAGGAUAAUCUGUGCUACAAAGUUGAAGAUGACAGAUCUAACCCACCACUGGAGGAAACAGAGGAGAGCAACUUUAUUGAGCCAGGGGGCCCUCGAGGAACGAAACCCUGGACUCGGGCCUCCAAACCUGCACCUCCCAGCCUCCCUGCCCCAGCCCCGGCCCCCACCGAGCCCCCCACAGAGGACCUGCAGAAGAAUGAAGUGGUCAACAUUCAGCAGAUGUCUCAGCUCGUCACCUGUGAUACCAAACUGCGAGAUCAGUGCAAAGGAACAACAUGUAAUAGGUACGAGUGUCCAGCUGGAUGCCUGGAUGCAACAGAAAAAGUGGUUGGAACAGUGCACUAUGAAAUGCAAUCGAGUGUGUGCAGAGCUGGUCUACAUGCUGGCGUCAUAGAUAACGAUGGGGGCUGGUUGGACGUGACAAGGCAAGGCAGAAAGAACUAUUUCAUCAAAUCCAACAAGAAUGGAGUCCAGUCUCUCGGAAAAUAUCACAGUGCUAACUCCUUCACAGUUUCCAGAGUGGCAGUUAAAGCCAUUACAUGUGAAACCACAGCUGAACAAUUGUGUCCAUAUGAAAAGCCUUCAAGACACUGUCCAAGAUUAUAUUGCCCAAGGAACUGUUUAGAGGAGAACCCUCGCCUGUCCAGAGUCAUUGGUACCAAAAUAUACUCUGAUAAGUCCAGCGUAUGUCGGGCAGCUGUCCAUGCUGGAGUCAUCAGGAACGGUGUGGGUGGAUACAUAGAUGUGAUGCCAGUGGACAAGCGGAAUCACUAUAUUUCCUCAUAUCAAAAUGGGAUUUUCUCUGAGAGCCUUCAAAACCCUCCUGGAGGGAAGGCAUUCCGGGUCUUCUCUGUGAUCUGAGCAGUAAAGGAGGCGGUUUAACCAAAUCAUUCGAGGCACUUGAAGCUUUUGACAAGACAAACCUCAAGCCUCGUUAUCGAACACAAUCACUGAAAUCAUUCAGGCUCUGCUUUGUUUCAAGGGUGAGAGGUUGUUACCAUUGACAAUGCAAACCCAGGAGAAAAAACUCAAAAAGAUCCCACCUCUUUAAAAUGUUGUUUUUCUUUUAUGGUAAACUGUAAAUAUAGCUGAAAUUUUUGCUGUACAUAUUUGUACAUAGUUUUUUUUUCUUUCUUAUUAUUAUUUCCAUUGCAUCAUUGACUUAUCUGUUUACCAAGUACAGUAUCUUUGUCUAAAUAUGGAUUUCAAAAAUGCUAAAUCAUAAUGGCACAUACAAGAGAAAUCCCAUUUUAUUAUAUUAUGUACAGCAUAUUUUUAUUGGUGCUUUGGGGCAGUUCUCUUGGUAGUUUUUUAAUAAAGGGAAAAUUGAUAUGCAUUUUUUUGUACAUAUUUGUGCUAUGUAUCAAUAUAACUUGUAUUGGAUGCUGCUGAAUGUGUUGUGUAUUGUAUUCACCCACCUGGCUGCUUUUGUUUUUAUUUUCCAGAAUAAGGAACUUAAGCUAAAAUUUCCUGCCGGUCAGGAAGUCCACCCAACCCACAGAGUGGUCUUAUGGUCAUCAAAAUAUUUGUUUCUAUAUUUUGCAUUUCCUUUCACAGGACUCUUAAUAAAAUCAGAAAUAAAGCAAUGUAACAGUUUUUGCAGUUUGAGCUGUAAUAAUUAUAGCAGUUAACUGCACUGUUAUCGAUCAUGUCAUACAUGCAUCAAAAUGUACACAUUUAUUUCCUUUGGAAGAACAAUGAAGUUUUAUUUCCAAUAAAAAUAUAGAAAGAUGUUAAAUCUCAA